AUGAAUAAAUCAUUACUGUAGACACAUAUCAAACCAUAGCAUCGAAAGAUUAUUUCCCAACAGCAAAGCAGCAGACCAUCGAGAUUCUUCGAUAAAAUGUCCUUAUUUACAAAGCAUAGAAUACCAUUAGUGGAGGAAAUUCCAUAACUAAGCGAACGAUAAUCAAGAAAAUUGAAAAAAUACUUUUCAACAGCUAUAAGAGAUUCCAGCUGCGAUUGUAUUGAUUGUGGUAAGAACAAUUCAUUUAUGAAAAAGACUUUUCAGUUAUUUCCCUUUGAAAGCAACUUUAAUCGAAGGAGGAGACUAUACAAAAAGUUCAGGAAAUAUGCUCAUUGUGUGUUAUUCAUGAUUAGAUACAAGAUCGUAUAAAAGAUAAGAGAUCGACAAAGGAAUAAAAUGAAAAAAGCCAUCAAUUAGAAUGUGCAUAUCCAUAAGCCCUCUGCUGUGGCCAAUUUGCUUGCUGAGGGAAUUAAGUAAUUGAAACUAUAACAACAUCAUGUCGAAGUGUUGGCUGAACAUGAUUCGGAUGAAGAAUUUUAUCAAUUUAAACCAAAGAUAAAUCAGAAUCGUAAAUCGUUUGCUCAUUUCCUUUCUUCGCCUAAGGAAUUAAAAAAGUUGGAAAGAGUCUACUAUGUGAAAUAAGCGAAUAGACCUAUUAGUUAAUAUAUUGCAAACCGUUCUAAACCCAAUUCCACUUAGUGUUCUCCAAAAUCUAUCUUACCAUAACUGAGUUCGUUGUAUGAUUUCAGAAACUCAAUCUCGGUCAGACAAUUGAAAAAAUUCUGA